GUUCCCACUUAAAACCAGUUGAUCGAAGUGAUAAAAGUAAAGUAAGACCUUCAAUCUGGAAUUCGUUAGCAUCAACAGCAACAAAGAAAAGUAGCAAAUCGUCCCCUCAGGAUACUGAGAAUUCUGUGUACCCAACUGAUGUACAAUAUGGAUGCCAGUCUGGUUCCGGCGAGUCGAAUUUGGCUUCGCCGUCCUUAUCGUAUAGAAGAUUAUCUUCAGUACCAUCCAUGGCAUUAGAAAUUCCACAUUUUGAUGUGAAUAACCCCCCAAACACUACAGAGGGGUUAGUUCAACUCUGGGAACGUUUAGACCUUGCUGAGAGACUUGAACUCCUUCGUAAUUUGCCAGUACAGGCUACAGAAAAGCUUGCAGCAGGGUUGGUUGCUGGCAGCCUUUUAGGCGAUGCUAUCACUACACUCCUAGCUUUUACACCAACUGUCAAUGACGUUGUGAUGGUUGUCAACAUGCUGCAGGCUCUUACUUUAGCUAAAAGGUUUGCACUGAGUGUGACACUUGUUUGUGGAGAGGAGCGCUGGGCAUGGGGACGGUUGUUGGAGAAACUACAGUUGGCUCUUUCAGAAAGGCCACAAGAUCUAGCAGAAUUGAAUGUGACAGAAUGGACUUUGGCACAACUCAAACUGAAGUUCAACCUCUAAAGUAUUACAUACAGGGAAUUUCUGUACUUAGGAUAAGGACUUGAACAUUUCACUAGUUUAUUUCAAGUAUUAGAUCUCACAUUCAUCAAAGAUAUAAUUGUAUUGCAUGUUCGCUAUAGCAGUAGCUGUAUGUUGUAACUGUAUUUAUUGUUUAGUCUAUUUAUAUCAUACUGCGGUAGCUAUAACAUUUGGUUCAUUACAGUUCAGGGUUCCAUACUUUUAAGAUUUAUUGCCGGUAUUAAUUAGUAUGUAAGAGUUCUCCAAAGGCAACUACUUCACCUUGUACUUUAAAACAGUAUCAUUUACCUUCAUGCUCAAUUUUUAGAGCAUGAAAACAGAAAUCAGGUCGAUCAACUAUUAGUUAGUUUCCUGAGAUAAAGUUCAAUUACAGUAUAUUUUUGUUAUGCAUAUUGGCUUUGUAUGCAAUUUAUAUGAUAUUGUGAUAUAUGUGAUUAUAUUACAGUGUAGUAUCAGUUAAGAAAUAGAAUACAAAAGAAAAUGAAA